CGCGGCGACGACAUCGACGGCGAGGCCGCGUACGACUACUCGGGCUACUCGGUGUCGCUGAGCGCGGACGGCACGGCGCUGGCCGUCGGGGCGUACGAGAACGACGGCGCCGGCUCCAACGCGGGCCACGCGCGCGUGUUCGCUUGGGACCCCGUCGACGAGACCUGGAAGCAGCGCGGCGACGACAUCGACGGCGAGGCCGCGUACGACUACUCGGGCUACUCGGUGUCGCUGAGCGCGGACGGCACGAUGCUGGCCGUCGGGGCGUCCGGGAACGACGGCGCCGGCUCCUGGGCGGGCCACGCGCGCGUGUUCGCGUGGGACCCCGACGACGAGACGUGGGUUCAGCGCGGCUUCGACAUCGACGGCGAGGCCGCGAGUGACUUCUCGGGCAUCUCGGUGUCGCUGAGCGCGGACGGCACGACGCUGGCCGUCGGGGCGUACGGGAACGACGGCGCCGGCUCCGGCGCGGGCCACGCGCGCGUGUUCGCUUGGGACCCCGUCGACGAGACCUGGAAGCAGCGCGGCGACGACAUCGACGGCGAGGCCGCGGGCGACCUGUCGGGCUACUCGGUGUCGCUGAGCGCGGACGGCACGGCGCUGGCCGUCGGGGCGCCCUACAACGACGGCGCCGGCUCCAACGCGGGCCACGCGCGCGUGUUCGCGUGGGACCCCGUCGACGAGACGUGGAAGCAGCGCGGCGACGACAUCGACGGCGAGGCCGCGGACGACCGGUCGGGCUACUCGGUGUCGCUGAGCGCGGACGGCACGACGCUGGCCGUCGGGGCGCGCUACAACGACGGCGCCGGCUCCAACGCGGGCCACGCGCGCGUGUUCGCGUGGGACCCCGUCGACGAGACGUGGGUUCAGCGCGGCGAGGACAUCGACGGCGAGGCCGCGUACGACGAGUCGGGCCCCUCGGUGUCGCUGAGCGCGGACGGCACGGCGCUGGCCGUCGGGGC